AUGUUUGAUAGACAAGGAACAGAGUUUAUUAACAGAUUGAUAAUGCAUUAUAAUACUGAGAUAGGGGAUUUGAAGGCUGAUUUGGAAAUUCUGGAAUUUACCAUAAAAACUCAUGAAGAAUUUCCAAGAUACAAAUACGAUUAUGCUCGUAUUUUCUCUAGUAUUGAUGCUACAAUCGCUAAAUUGGUUGCCAAUAAAAAGAAAAAAAUAGCACGGGAUGUUUCUGAUUAUACAAACAAUAAGGCAUAUCCAAAGCCUCCAGCCUUUCAUCCUAGAAAUCCCGCACUUUCUAAUCAAACACACUCUCUCAUGGAUUUUAAUGACAUAGAACAAGAUGUUAACGUAGGUGAAAUCCACGACAACGCUUUGGAUGUACCACAGACACAAUUACCAAGGCGUAGUGAGAGAAUUAAUAGUAACAGAAACAAUAGAAAUAUGGAGACGGCUAAUGGUAAUAACCAACAACCGAAUGCCAAUAAUAGCAAUAAUAACAACAACACAAAUCAAUACAAUAACCACGAAAAUAAUGCUAACACAGGAUCACAGGGUUUUCACAGGGGUCCCAAUGGAUUGCAGAACAACUAUCAACCACAAAAGAAACAAUAUAUACAGAAGAACAAAAGGAAGCAGAGGAAGAGAUAA